GAUUUGAUUGGUUAAUGGGUCUCGUGAUCUUGCUUUGAUUGGUCAGUGACUCUCGCCGACGUGCUCGACCUCGCGCAGCCAGUCUGUAAUUCAAAUUUGAGAUUUGAAUUUAGUCUUUUAAUCUAUAAAUCUCAUUCAGAAUAAUCACAUAAGUCAAUUUCGUGUCGCAUAACGUCAAAAAUGUCGAGUUCAGACGUAAUCUGUGAUAGGAUUCACGACGGUCACGGGCCGCGGUGGGAGCGCGGCGGCAUUUGCGUCGCUUGCGUUGUGGAGAUGAUGGACAGAUCGGAUGUAUCGGCGGUGCGCAAGCGCGCGGCGCUCGUGGCCGUGAUGCGCGUGGCCGCGGUUCGGGAGCUGCUGUAUUGCGAAGAGGAACGAAGAAUAAACUUCAUCUCAUCAUUGCUGAGAACGCUGUUCAACGCUGUGGAUUCAACCCUGCUGGAUCAGACUGUACAGGUUCUGCUUCAGAUGACGCUGGACGUCCCGAAUCAAGGGCUUCUGCUCUUCAUCCUGGACCAGAUCCACUCGCGGUGGAUGGAUGUCAGCGGUCUGAAAGCGUCUUUGUCUUCCUUGACGUUUUUGGGGAAACUGCUGGACGCUCAUCCUGCUCUGAGCCAAACACUGACGUCCAGCCGCCCGCGUGUGCUGGAGUGUGUGUGUGCCGCUCUGCUGCUCUCAGAUGAGGAGGUGAAGGUCGCCGUGUGUUACGUGUUGUUGAGGAUCUGGAGCUCUGCCGCUGCCAUCCAGAUGCUUCCAGACACGCUCCGUCAGCGCAUGUGUGUGUUACUGCUGCACACGCUCUCAAACACACACACCACUGCGCUCACCGUCAACUGCCUGGGUGUUGUGAAGCAGAUGUGUCAGUACUCAGAGGUGGUGUGUGUGUUGAUGAAUCUGCAGGACGGCACUGAAGAUCCGCUGCCGUAUCAACCACUGCCGCUCAUCCUGAAGAAGGUGGUGUCUGUGCGCUGUGUGUGUGCCGUACUGAUUCACGCUCCUCGACGCUUCACUGCCGCCUUCAUUCAGGCCGAUCUACCCGAGUUUCUGCUGGAGGUGAUGAGCAGCGGCUGCAGUGACGUGUUGCUGUGGUCCGUCUUCAGCUGUUUGCUGCUGCUGUCCGAAGAUCCUCUCUUCUUCUCGCAGUGUCACGCCGUCUACGGUAUGGAGCCGUUAGUGCGCUGUCUGAAAGACACUCUGGGAAAGUCCAACACUGAGGUGCAGAAACAAGGACUGGAGCUGCUGUCGGCCAUUUUGGACAGGCAGCCUGCAGCCGUGCGUCUGUUCCCGACCGCCUCUGAGUUCACAGCUGUGUGUGAUGUCAUCAUGGAGGCUGUGGCCACUUCCUGUCUGCAGGUGUCCAUGUGUGCGGUACGAGCCGCCGCCGUCCUGCUCAGGCCGAAUCAUCAGUCCAGUCCGGUUCAGUACUCAGACGUCAGGAGAGUCGUGGAGGCCGUGAUGUCCAAGUGCAGAGAGAGCUGCUCUGGUCCUGAGUCAGUGUCAGCAGCAGGAGUGUUACUGCAGACGCUCACAUGCUUCGAUGCCGCCUGUCGGUUGCUGGAGGAGUGUGUGUGUGAGCUGGCUCUGAUAGACGGUGUGUGUUCAGCUCCAGCGCAGCAGCAGGAUACGCUGGAGUCGGUGUGUGUGUUUCUGCUGCACUGCUGUGACACGAUCUGCAUCCCUGCGGUCACUGGCGUGUGUGAGCGGGUCUCGUCUCCACAGACGCUGCAGCUCUUCCUCUCGGUCCUGUCGUGUCAGUUUGCUCUGUGUCCUGCUCACAUGACCUCCUUCUCCAAGAAGCUCGCUGCGUCUGGAUUCAUCAGACUGACUGUGGACAGUAAAGCUCUGCUGUGUUCAGGGAACAGGAAUGCGUCUCUGAAUCAGACCUGCUGUGAUUUCCUCCUGAAGCUCUGCAUGUGUCUGAUCUCAAACACCGACACCUGGACCCAUGAUGACCUGCAGGAUGUGAAGCGUGUCCUGCAGGAGUCUCUGCCGUCUCUCUGCUGCAGAGUGUCUGAUUGGCCCUCUCUUCUCACUGAUAUCCCACAAUCCCUCAGGAACGCGCAGUACUGCCUCAUCCACCUGUUGCACCUGUCGCUGCAGCACGGAGACAGGUUUCUGUGUGACUCGGCCGUGUUCCCCUGCAUGCUGCGCUUCAUCAUGUGUGUUCAGGAUCAGUGCGGCGACGCUCUUCCUGCGUCUGUGUUGACUUCAGUCCUCUAUCUGCUGUCCGUCACACAUCACGGCGGCCCUCGCCUCGACACGGUGUCAGUGAACGUCGUCAGUAAAACUCUGUCCUCCUGUCCUCCGCUCUUCUCUCGCGCUCUUCCUCUCCCCGUCCUGAGCUUCAUCUUCCUGUAUCCCGAGCUAUCGGAGCGUUUCGGAGCGACGUCUCUGACGGGACGUCUCUGUCGCGGGACAGAAGCGGGUCAGGAGGAGGAGCGGGAGCUGCUGGAGCUGCUUCACACACACCCUGCGGCACUGUUGAACAUGCUGGUUGUGGCAUGUGAAGCCGAGACUGCAGCGUCUCACUCAGCCAUCGGUGUGUUGCGAUGUUUCCUGAGUUCAGUCGACGGCGUCUCCAUCAGCAGGACGUCUGAUCUCUCUGAUCAGAUCCGGUUGGCGCUCAUGAACGUCCUGCAGAGACAAACACACACAGACGGUCUGUCGGUGCUGCUGGACGUGUUGUCUGUGAUUCAGAGUCACUCGUCCGGUCAGAUGAACCAUACAGACUUCAAACUGCUUUACCACGUCAGUAAUCUGGUGGGAAAGAUGGACUCCAGCGACUCUGAGCUGCUGCUGUCGGUGUUCAACUGUCUGUACUGCUUCCUGUGUGUGUGUCCAUCACACGCCACCGACAGAGCGGCGUCUCUGCUGCUGGGAAACGUCAGACUGCUGGAGCUGCUGGAGGAGGUUUUAUCCUCCUCUCCCUCUUCAUCUUCAUCAUCUUCAUCACUGCACUGCUCCUCUCUGCUCCUGCUCUCCUCCCUCAUGCUCCUGCAGCACAAACACAGCGCUCAGGUGCAGAAGAGCGUCAGUGUGGAUCUCCAUCAGAUACUGAGACGACUGGCCUUCAGCAAGAGACACGCGGACGCGCUGCUGCUCGUGUGCAGUGUGCGUUUCGUGCAGGUGUGUUUGGAUGUGGAUGAGUCUGCGCUGGUGUGUGUGUGUGAUGCAGCGCUGCAGCGACCCCUGCAGACAGAAGAUGGCGCUCUACACCCGCUGGGACACAGCGGCGCCGCCAGCCUCAUGACGGCCCUCAGCGCACUCAUGCUGCAGGUACACACACACACUGAACUGAGUUGAGAAGAGGUGUUUCACAU